ACACUAAUUCAGAAAUUAGAACUAUAUCAAAAUAAAAUUUUACGACAUAUUUUGACAAUUAACCAUCAAUAUUCAGUAAUGAAGACAUUAAAAGAAAGCCUAACUGAAAAUGAAAUUCUAUUUCAUAUAGAUUUUUCCGAAAAUUUUCUCUGCAAGUAUGCAAAUGAAGCACAGUCUGUGCAUUUUGGAGCAUCCCGAGACCAAAUAACACUUCAUACUGGUAUGAUGUACCAUAAAUCAAAAAAAGAGGGUUUUUGUACCGUCUCCAAGUCCUUAAGACAUGAUCCUGCCUCCAUAAUGGCACAUAUGGAAAUAAUUAUAAACCAUUACCAGCAUGAGUUAGAAACUGAAUUUAAAACAAUUCAUUUUCUCUCAGACAGUCCAAGCAGCCAGUAUCGAAAUAAAAAAAUGUUCUUUUACCUACAGCAAGUCUUACCAAAAUUAUUUCCACAAAUCCAACAUAUUUCUUGGAACUAUUCAGAGGCAGGACAUGGAAAGGGAGCUCCAGAUGGUAUUGGUGCAACCAUUAAAAGAACUGCAGAUCAACUCAUAACAUUUAACCAUGACAUAAAUAACUUUGAUGUCUUUGUGAAAUGUAUUCAAGAAAACAUCAGCAAUAUACAUAUCAAAUGUCUUAAUGAAAAUAAUAUUGAAAAAUUUGAUGCUUUUCUGCCUCCACUACCAAAACCAUAUAAAGGGACAAUGCAAACACAUCAAGUAACUUGGAAUCACAUUACUCGAGAGCUGAGUUUUAGAACUUUAAGCUGCUUUAAAUGCAGCUUUGAGAAUUGUAUUCAUUAUGCGAUUGAAAAUAAAGUAGCGCCGCUACAGUCUUCAUAUUUAAGUGAGGAAAAUGACAAUGGAAGAGCCACUGCUCGGCCUACAGGAAUAGAAGAAUUUAGUGAAGAUACCUGGGUUACAGCUAUUUUUGAUAAUGAUUGGUAUCCAGGAAUCAUUGAAAAAAUUGAUCGAAACAUUAUGACUGUUAACUUUAUGAUGAAAAAUGGUAAAAGUUUUUUCUGGCCAGAUAUCGCUGAUCGUCAAACUGUGACUACUAGAAAUGGAAUCUUAUGUCAGCUAGUGCAUCCACCUGAACCAGUUUCCAAUAGAUUCUACAAAAUACAAGAAUAUGACUAUAUUGAUAAUUUAUUUAAAUCUUCAGUUUAGAUGUUGUAUGGUAAAGGAAUGAAAUCAAGUGAAUGGUUUCACAUAGCUGAUGUUUCUUUUUUUAUUAUUUCUACAUUUUUUUGGGGCAAAAUGUUAAAAUGAAAUGUUCUUUUUUCUUUUAAUAUAAGUUGAUUUUUGAUGUAAACUUAGGGGUUGUUUUAUUUUUUAUCAUUAGAGU